AUGGGUUCUUCAUCUUCCGGCAAAAUUAAGAAAGGACGGAGAAAUAAAGAAGCAGAAGACGACGACAGUAAUAACGUUAACGCAGAUGCAAUUCCGAAGAGUUCGAGAGAGAUUGUAAAGAACAUGAAGGAAGUCGUGAAUCACUGCGAACAAGAGAUUUACGCAAUGCUUCUUGAAUGCAAUAUGGACGCUGACGAAGCUAUUACUCGUCUUCUUUCUCAAGAUAGUUUCCAGGAAGUAAAGAGUAAACGAGACAAGAAGAAAAAGACCAAGGAUAGAUCGGAUUCUCAAAGAUUUUGCAGUAGCAACCAGAAUUGUGAAUUGAGGAAUGGCGAUGAUGAUUAUGUUGGUGGAAACAAGUUUAACUCAGAUGAGAGGAGUGAUGUGCAAAGAAUUCCUAAUCAUUUGGCUCGUUCAUCUACUACAGCCGGUAUUCUUGGUCCUGGUCCUCCAUUGAACAGGUUAAUAUCUGCUUUGGGAUGUGGUAGCUCUAGCCAGAAUGGUUUAGGUUCAUUGAAAGAGAGUGUAACUAAAGCUCCUGUCGAGGAUGGUUUUAUCUUACCUAAGAAGUCAGUUGUUCCUAAUCCAUUUUCUAACUCAUUUAUUGAGUCUGCUGCUAGAAGAGAUCAACUUCAAGAGUCUGCUUCGGCAUCAAACCAAAACUUGCACGAUGGUGGUUCACAUUUGUUGUGUAACAAUUACAAUAACAAAAAUGAUGAGACUUGCCAAGUGCAAAAAUGUUCUUUUGAGCAUAAUCAAACUAAAGAUCCAUCGGCGUUUGUUAACAGUGACCAAUGUAACGAGUUACAGCAUUUGAGAUUUGGUUGUUAUGGUUCUGGCAAACCCAGCGGUCUCCUAUCACAGUUCUUGAAUGAUGACUCAGACGGUGGCUCACAGUUGUUGUGUGACAAUUACAAUAACAAAGAUGAUGAGUCUGCUGCUAGAAGAGAUCAACUUCCAGAGUCUGCUUCGGUAUCUAACAAAAACUUUCGCGAUGGUGAAGCUGGUGGCUCACAUUUUUUGUGUGACAAUUACAAUAACAAAGAUGAUGAGCCUUGCCGACUGCAAAAAUGUUCUUUUGAGCACAAUCAAACCAAAGAUCCAUCGGCGGUCGUUAAUCCCGACCAAUGUAACGAGUUACAGCAUUUGAGAUUUGGUUGUUUUGGUUCUGGUAAACCCAGCGGUCUCCCAUCACAGUUCUUGAAUGAAGACUCAGAAGAUAUAUCCGAUUUUAGAGACAGUGGCUCGCAGUUGUUGUCCAAAGAUCCAUCGGUGCCUGUUAAUUCAGACCAAUGUAUUAUUAACCAAUGA